CCUACCGGAAGGACCUCUUAUCAGGACGUGGUCAACUUCAACUGUGACACGGGAUACAUGCGGAGCGGUUCUGCGGACACGACGUGUCAAGCUGACGGACAAUGGAGCAACCCUGUUCCAACAUGCACACCCAGGCAAUGUCCCGCGUUGACGGCCCCAGCUAACGGAGCGCGGGCGCCCCCUACCGGAUCGAACUUCUACCAGAACAUGAUCACGUUCACCUGUAACACGGGAUACACAAGGACCGGCGAUCAAACUACGACGUGCCAAGCUGACGGAACAUGGAGCAACCCUGUCCCAACAUGCACACCUGUACAAUGUAAUGCGUUGACGGCCCCAAGGAACGGAACGCUGAGUCCUGUCGCCGCAUCGUACAACUACCAGAACACGAUCACGUUCACCUGUGACAGGGGAUUUGAUAUAGUCGGCGCUACUGAUACUACGUGCCAAGCUGACGGAAGAUGGAGUAGGCCCGUUCCAACAUGCAGACCUGUGCAGUGCUUGGCUUUGACGGCUCCUGUAAACGGUGCACUGAGUCCUGUCGGAGCGAACUCCUACCCGGAUACGGUUACGUUCACCUGUAACCAGGGGUACGACCUGAUCGGUGCCACCAAUACUACCUGCCAGGCAGACCGCACGUGGACCUACCCUGUUCCGAGAUGCAGACCUGAGAGCUGUGACCGACUCGACCGAGACGGGUGGGACAUAGUCUUCCUCAUGGACUCUACCACCAGUGUGAACUUCGGGAGGGUCAAGAAUAUAACACGGGACGUCGCUGACCGACUCCUCACCGACGGCAGUAACACUCGUAUGGCUCUGGUCCAGUUUAGCGACAACCCUGCGCCGGUUUUUGACCUGAACACGCACACCACCAAAUCUGCCGUCAUAGGAGCGAUUGACGGGGCCUCCAGACGCGGCGGUGGCACAUUUGCCGGGAGUGCACUUACUUAUGUUAAACAGGUAAGCUUCUCCACAGCCAAUGGCGGCCGAGAUGACAAGCCUGAUGCCCUCAUCGUGGUGACGGAUGGAGUGACGUUUGAUGAAGUCAGAUUCGCCUCCCAAUCAGUGCGCGAGGGAGGGAUCACCACCUUUGCCAUUGGUGCGGGCGAUUCAGUGAACAGCCAACCGCUGAGGGUCAUGGCCAUGGAUCCCUACAAGGUCCGACUAGUUGCGAAUGACACCCAGCACGCGGCAACGGUCGAAGCCAUCUGGAGGUGGUUUUGCUUCGCCGACGUGUGCUCAGAUCCCGGAAACCCGACAGACGGCGUACGGAAAGGCACUGUGUACCAGGGUGAGAAUAUGUACUUCAGCUGCCACGACGGCUACGUUCUGGAUGGUACAAGCCCUCUCACCUGUAACGGUACCUUCAUGAGUUCCACCGGCACCUGGAGCGGACCUGUACCUACCUGCAGACUGGGAGACGUUUGCAAUCCGAACCCGUGUCAGAAUGGAGGGAGGUGCUUUCCGACCGCUUCGUCGUACCGGUGCGAGUGCAGACGUGGAUACGUUGGACGCAACUGUGCGUUCCGUGCAUCACCGACUGUAGUCCCAGGUGUGUCAACUGCUGCCAGAGGUGCUUCAAACACUACAGCGUCAAGUGGACCGAACGUCGACAGACUGAACGGCCCUGGUUGGGACCUAGUUGUCCUCCUGGACAGCUCGGACAGCAUCGGUUCCGAAGGGUUCCAGAGGGUCCGAAAUGUCAGCAAGGCUAUCGUCCAGACGUUACCACUAAUAAACAACAACACUCACAUCGGCCUUGUGGAGUACAGCGAUGAUACUCGGAUAGUGAACUACCUGAAGGACUAUCGAAACAAGAUGGAUACUAUUGAGAAAAUCGAGGGCAUCAGUCCACGAGGUGGAGGCACUUUGCUUGGAGAGGCGAUUACCAAAGUUCGGACGGAAAGUUUCAGUGCAGAGAACGGGAAUCGACCGAACAUACCUGACGCUCUCAUCGUGGUGACAGACGGUAACUCUGCAGAUGACGUCGUCAGUGCAACGGAGGCAGCUCGCCGCCAGGGCAUCCACGUGUUCACCGUCGGUGUAGGGGGCAACUUGGACCCGAACAAACUGAACCAGAUCGCCGGGGAACCCGAGAGAGCCUUCAUGGCUCCUACAACAGCCGAGGCGAUCACCCAGGGCACCAAUAUGGCGAACUGGUUGAACACAGCACCGGAAUGCAACGAUCCCGGGACGCCGACGAACGGACUGAAGCGGGGGACCACCUUCGUGACUGGCAAGAUAGACUUCAGCUGUGACGACGAAUUCACACUGUACGGUCCCAGUUCCAUCACGUGUGUCCGGCACGGUCAAACUGGCAAAUGGUCGGACUCUGCACCAGUCUGCAGAUUGGGCAACGAAUGCGACCCGAACCGAUGCCCAAGUGGACAACUAUGUACUCUAACAUUUGUAAACAACGAAACUGGUUAUGCAUGUCAGGAGAACUGCCCGGGUCUGAACCAGCGCGGUUGGGAUCUCCUCCUAUUGGUUGAUGGUUCCCGUGAAGCGGCGUUCUCGCAGAACAAGGCGUUCGCGCGAGAUCUGGUCACGAGGUUGCCGAUCUUCAAUCAGCAAGCAACCAGGAUUGGGCUGGUGCAGUUCAGUGACACCAACCGACAGGAGUUCCACCUGAAUAGGUACUCCAGCAAGCAGGCGGUUCUGUCGGCAAUCAACAACAUCAGCCACACCAGCGGCGGAAGCUUCAUCGGGAGUGCCAUCGAUUAUGCCCGCCUGAUCAGCUUUACUGCAGCGAACGGAAACCGUGCAAACGUGCCCGACGGCAUGAUCGUCGUGACCGACGGCCGGACAGAUGACGAGGUGGAGUUCCCAUCGACGGGAGCCCGGCACCAGGGCAUCACCACGUUUGCCGUCGGCAUAGGGACCGGGGUGAACCGGCAGACACUGGACACGAUCACCCGAGACCCGGAUAAAGUCCUGCUCGUGACCAAUACUGGAAACUCCAAACUAGAUGCCAUGAACAGUCUUGUAAGAUGGCUGUGUAGAGGCGCCUUCUGUGACGAUCCAGGCGCACCGAGGAACGGAUCUAGGCGGGGCAACUACUUCCAAGGCGGCUACGUGGACUUCUUCUGUGACGACGGUUUUGUCCUGAAUGGCGUCACCCCUACCAGGUGCCAGACCAACGGCAACUGGACCGAACCGGUUCCAGUCUGCGCCCUUGCCGGUACAACUGAAGCCGCAGCAGCAGCAGCCCCGUGGGUAGUCCCGCUGAUUGCCGGGCUGGUGGGCCUGGCUGCUCUCGCUCUCCUGGCUCUCCUGCUCUACGCCUUAUGCGGAGCGGGUGGUGCAGCCGCGGCCGCGCCGCCUCCUCUGCUCGCCGCCGCUCCGGUCGCAAAAGAGUCCCAGAUCGCCGUUGUCGACUUCGUACCGGACAAAGGAACAGAGAUUCAAACUGCUACGGCCCACAUGUAUUAAGACUAGACUAAUGUCUUUGUCACAGAUCAUGACCAAUUUCUAUCUUGCUAAAGAUCUACAGCCAUGAAAUCUUUCAUUUGUGAUUUGCGUUAAGUAUACAUAUUUUACAUGUUAUCAUAAGUUGGCUAGUUGGUGAUAAGUUUAGUAGAGUCGAUUUCACAUUACCGUUUAGGUGCUCUUUGUCUCUAUUCUAAUUUCUGUAACAUUUGUAUGAUACAUAUUGAUAGCACUCGAAAUGAAUCACUCGUUUGAUCAAUUUCUACGUUUUGCCUCUCUAAACUUCGGCAACGUAGGUUGACCAAUUGUUCGAACAUGAUACAGGAUUUUGUAAAACUGGGUCUCUGCGCUGGAAAGAGGUCAAUUUAUAAUUACACCUCUAUGCAAUGUACAAAGAAUUAUUAAUGUCUUCCGUACAGAGUUAUCGAUGGCUCAUCGCAAAAGAGUGACCAGUGUCCAAUUGUGAAAUCUAAAAAUACCCCGUUUAGCACCUACUUUUAUAGGACAAUGACCCAAAACUACCAUGACCCAAAUUUUGGCAGGCAUUAGGAAAAUGAUGCAAAUUAAAGUGCAAGUGAAAAAACACAUAAAUAUUUGAAAAUUAUUUUAUAUAUUGACAUCUUCACGAUGUUUUCAACAUAAAUUUUAUAUGACAAAGUUCAAACUUUCAUUUUUAAUUGUGUGAACAAUUUAAAACUAUUGUAACUGAAAUUUUAAGAUAAUUCGCAUUUAUUACAAAUAUCUA